UAGCGACAUCAUUUUUCUAAAAAAGGAAAAAGGAAAAAGGAUUGUAAACUGGCGCCUCAUCUCUGUUUUCUGCUGCGAAGAGAUUGAUGCCCCCAUGCCGCUUCCGGCCGUCCGCCGCCGCCCUUUCCGGCGACCUACCCCUCCUACAAUGUUUGCGCCGCAACGACCUCCCGGAAGCCCGUUGCAUCCUCGAAAGCUCUGCCCACGAUCCCACCGCCGUCGUCCGCUGGACCGCCGCCAUCUCCCGCUUCGCCCGCGCUGGCUUCCUCCCGGAGGCCGUCGCUCUCUUCGACCUCAUGCCCCGCCGCAACGUCGUCACUUGGAACGCCCUUAUCUCCGCUCACCUAUACGCCGGAUCCGCUACCGCCGCCCUUGACGUCUUCUACAGGAUGCCGUCCCGCAACGUUGUCUCCUACACUUCCGCCCUCUGCGCGCUCGCCCGCGACGGGCGGAUCGAGGAAGCCCGUGCGCUCUUCUCCGCCAUGCCAGAACGAAACGUGAUCUCCUACAACGCCAUGCUCUCCGCUCUGGUCCGGACCGGGGACCUCGCGAGCGCCCGCAAUCUAUUCGACGAAAUGCCCCACCGAAACGCCGCCUCCGGAAACGCGCUACUCGCCGGGUACGCCGAGAGGGGGCGCAUGCCGGAAGCCCGAAGCCUGUUCGAGGAGAUGGUGGAGCAGGGUUCCUCCAACGUGGUGUCGUGGACGUCGGUGAUCUCCGGGUACGGCCGAGAGGGGAAGAUUUGGGAAGCGUACGAUCUGUUCCGGGGGAUGAUUCCCGAGCGCAAUGUGGUAUGCUGGACGGCGAUGAUCGGAGGAUUCGCGUGGAAUGGGUUCCACCACGAGGCGGUGGCGCUGUUCUUAGAGAUGAAGCGGACGGCGGACGGUGUGAAGCCCAACGAGGAGACGAUGCUCUCGUUGAUCUACGCCUGCGCCGGGCUGGGUUUCCCCCUCCUGGGGAAGCAGGUUCACGCGCACUUGCUGGUGCAGGGGACGGGCGAGGAGGACUUCGGCGACGGGAGGUUGACGAAGGGUUUGAUCCAUAUGUACUCUCGGUUCGGGCACAUGGACUGUGCGCGCCACCUGUUCGACGGCGGGGCUGACGCUCGCGACGCCGUCUGCUGGAACUCGAUGAUCGAGGGGUACGCUCGGAUCGGGCGACUGGAAGAAGUUCGGCGCCUGUUCGACGAAAUCGCCGUCGAUACCAGACGGAUGUCGUGGAUCACGAUGAUGGUGACGUGGACGACAGUGAUCUCGGCGUACUUCAACGCCGGGGAAGUGGAGGAGGCGCGGAGGCUGUUCGACAGAAUGCCGCAGCGCGACGCCACCGCGUGGACCGCCCUGAUCUCGGGCCUCGUCCGUAACGAGCGGAUGGAGGAGGCAUUUGCGGCUCUGGCGGAGUCGCGCGCCGACGGGUUCGCCCCGGGGGACUACGCGCUCGCCUCGCUGCUGGGGGCCGUUGGAUCUGUUGCCCGCCUGGAGAUCGGCGAGCAGGUGCACGGGCUGGUGACGAAGGUGAAUCCGGCGGCCGAUCCGGUGCUCCGUAAUGCCCUCGUCUCGAUGUACGCAAAGAGCGGCGACAUGGAUGGCGCGCGGCGGGCGUUCGAGGAGCUGCCGGCGAAGCACGACGUGGUGUCUUGGAACGCGAUAGUGAUGGGGCUGGCGCACCAUGGGCGGGCGGCGGAGGCGCUGCGGCUAUUCGAGGCGAUGCGAGGGAAAGCGGAGCCGGACGCGGUCACGUGCCUGGGGGCCCUGACGGCCUGCGACCACGCCGGGAUGGUGGACCGGGCGGAGGAGGUGCUGCGGUUCAUGGCGGAGCAAGAGAUCCCGGCUGGGCCGGAACACCUGGCGUGCGUGGUGGGGAUGCUGGUCCGUGCCGGGCGGUUCGAUGCGGCGGAACAGCUCGCCUCAGCGGCGCCGGCGGCGGAGGCGUGGGGGUUGUUGUUGGGCACGUGCUUUAUCGCGAGCGAGAAGACCGUUGGUGGGACAGCCACGAGGAGGCUUCUGUGGAUGGGCCCACUAAAUCCUUCGGCUCACAAAUCUUCCGGCCACGUAUACGGUGAGAUCGAAACACAGGAAGAUAACGAGGCGUGGCGUAAGGGGCUGAGGAAAAGGCCUGGCUGCAGCUGGGUAGGAGGGAGAGGUAAUGUACACGUGUUCGUCUGUGGAGAUCGAUCGCAUCCACGGACAGCCGAGAUUUAUAGCCUCAUGAACCAGAUUACCUGCGAGAUUAGGAACAGUUGGGAUGAUUAACAAUGCUUUACAAGCAUUGUAAAAGAAAACUUAUAUGUGAUUAUUAAUUUUAACCAAACAAUUGCAUUUUGUUUAUAAUAUAUAACAGUUUUAACUGAAAGUGCUAUAACAUUUGGACUUGUCGAUGAUUUACAUUUCA